CAGGGCCGGAGAGGCAGCGGCGGUAGCGCAAUAAAGCAAGUUUUGUCUGCUGCGCGGGGGUGACGAGGUCCCGCCGCCCUCAGCGGUCGCGGCCCGGCACCAUGGCUGCGGCGCCCCUGGGGCAGGCAGCAGCCCCCGCCGCGGCGACAGCCCGCCGCUAACCUCCCUCGGCACUCGGAGCGGCCGCCGCCGCCGGCCAUCCGGGCCGCGGCCGCCCGCCGGGGCCGCCGGAGAGCGUGCAGCGCCGCCUCGCCGCGGCCGGAGAGCGGCGGCCGGCCCGGCCCGGCCCGGCGCGGCGCGGCACCAUGUGGAGCGGGCUGCACCCCCAGCUCGGCUUGCGCGGCUGCAAGGCGGGCUCAGAUUAUUCCUCAGUGGGAUGGUUACCUGGUACUGAAUCCCUGUGGCAGUCCACAACCAUUUCAUCAAGCAGUCAAAGCAAUCCUGUCAGAAGACACAGUAUAGCUUCCGACAGCGGGGACACUGGGAUUGGUACCUCCUGUUCUGAUAGUGUGGAAGAUCAUUCAACUUCAAGUGGUACAUCAUCGUUUAAGCCUAGCCGAUCACUGGUUUCUAUUCCCACUGCCCAUGUGAUGCCGUCUAAUGCCAGCACUUCACUUUCCAAACACAGGGAAGCUUUCAAGUCUGAUGGCUCAAAAUGGAACACAAGCUUUGUACGGUCAGGAGGAGGCAGAAAUCAGGGUGCCCUGGACAACUCUCUUGACAUGAAGGAUGCAAGACCUGUAAGAAAAUGGUCCUCCUUGUCUAAACUCAGCUCACCAAAUACCUUUAGCCAAGAUGGUAGCAGUCAUUCCGUAGACUCCAGGACUAGUACGGACAAAGCUGUGUCACCACAACUAAGGACAAAUGGGCCAAGUUGUCUGCAUGAUAGCAUGGAGUUGCUAAAAAUUGAGGACAAAGAAAUGGGGAAAAAACUAUCUUCUCUACGGGACUGCAAAUACAAAUUUGAAACGUGCAGCAAAGACGACUUUGUUUCAGAUUCCUCACAUAGGAGACAUGCCUUAGACUUGACCUACAGUGCCUUACCUGAAAGCAAACCUACAGCUGCCAGUUGUGAAGCUUUUGGACAGAGAUAUGCAAAUCUGGGACAACAGGCUGUGAGUGGAGCUCCCAUACAGCCAGCAGUGAGAACUCAAAUGUGGCUUAAAGAACAGUUACGUGCAAAUCCGCAGGACUGCAGGACUGCUGAGGAGCCCUACAGCGUUGCUGCAUGGCAUGUGCAGCAGCUUGAAGAUUUUAGAACAGGAGGUGAACAGCCUGUACAGAUUCCAGCUGGCACAUCUCGUCAGAGUUACCCAGCUACCAGCUAUCAGGACUUCAGCAACUGGGAAUCUCUAAUGAAAAUUAAAGAGGGGCUGCUAAGGCAGAAAGAGAUUGUGAUUGAUCGGCAAAAGCAGCAAAUUAACAAUUUGCAUCAGAAGAUAAGGGAGAAUGAAUUACGAGCUCAGCAUGCAAGACUGAGUCAUCUUGUGAACUGUGAAGAACCUUACAUGACUAAUUUACAGCAACCACAGUAUGAGAGCACACCAGUGCAACCUCACGUUUCAGAAAGAUCAACAUCCCACCUUGAGGAGCUUGAGCGAAAGAUUGCAGCAGCUGAGAAUAAGGAAUUACAACUCAGUGAAUUUGUAAAACAAAUUUCAAACAAAGCCAGUGAGGAGAAAAAGAAGAUGGAAGAGAAACUUAAAACUAGAGACCGAUAUAUUAAUAGCCUGAAGAAGAAAUGCCAGAAGGAGUCUGAGCAAAACAAAGAAAAACAAAGACGGAUUGAAACCUUAGAAAAAUACCUAUCUGACCUACCAACACUGGAUGAUAUAGAAAGGCAGACCAAACAGCUGCAAAUUCUAGAAGAGAAGAACAAGCAACUUCAAGAAACUAUGACUGAGUUAGAUAAGAAGCUCGGAGAGGCCCAAUCGCAAUGCAGAGAGAGAGAAUUGCAGCUGGUGUGUCAGAAGAAAAAAGAAAAAGAUCUGGUCACAACAGUACAGAGUUUACAACAGAAAGUUGAAAAAUGCCUGGAAGAUGGUAUUCGCCUUCCCAUGUUGGACACAAAACAGCUUCAGAGUGAGAAUGAAUGUCUCAAAGAGAAGAAUGAGAAAGCCAGUAAGGUCAUAGACAAUCAACAAAAUCAGAUUGCUGGACUGAUUUUAGACGUACAGUCUAUGCAAGAGAAGCUUGUGCAAGAAAAGCUGAUAGUUCAGAAGAUGACAAGUGAGCUUGAAGAAAAAGAAAAGAAUAUAGAGCAGUUAAAUAAAACUGUCACUGAAAACCAAAGACUGAUGGAAGAGAAUGCCUGCCUGAAGGAGCAGAUGCGGCAGGUGGAGCAGUCCAGGCAGCCAGUAUCUGAGAAGAUGCCUAUAGCAGACCAGUUAUUCAAGGAAAUGUCCCAUUGCUUGUUUGACUUGAAAGCACUGUGCAGUAUUCUUACUCAGAGAGCUCAGGGCAAGGAACCUAACCUUUCCUUACUGCUGGGAAUCAGAUCGCUGAGCUGUUCAGCUGAAGAGAAUGAAAAUUACCACAGCACAGAAACCCUUUCAAAGAAGCUGUUGGACGUUCGUCAGUUACGAAAGGAUAUUGAUGAAUUAAGGACUAUAAUGUCAGACCGUUAUGCUCAGGACAUGGGGGACAAUUGCAUUACUCAAUGACAACGUUUCAUCUAGUAGCAAAUGACUUACUAAAUGCUGCUGUGUCACAGGUCUUUGCGUUUCUAUUAAGGAGCCAUAUCGGAAGACUGCAAAUAGCACCACUCAUGCAUCUCUCUGGGACUGCAUUUAAUCUCGGGAGUCUGGGGGUGGGGGGAGAGCCAUCGUUUAAAGAGUGGUACAAACUAUAAGAAAUCUUUUCUCCAAACUACUGAAUGUAGGAACAAACUGUGAAGAAUGAUUCAAUUGGAUACUCUGUUCCUUCAUUAGGGCUCAUUUUAUUACUUCACCUCGUUUCUGGAAUCAGAGCAUCAAAACAGCCGUGCUGCUACUACUCUUCAGUCCCUUCCUUCAUCAGAGGUUUGUAUGGCAUUAUCUGUGCUCUGAAAUGAGAGCAGAGCGUCAAAGGACCUGUACUGUUUGUGGUCAAGCCAGAGGCUUCUGCAGCUGCACUUCACUCUGGAAAUUGCAAUGGGAACAAUCUUGGAGCACUACAAAAAGCAGUGGCUCUUCAAGUUGCCUAAAUAAUUUGAUAGAGGAAGAAUGUUGGUUUUAGUAAUGGAUGUCUAUGUUGUUUGCCCAAUAGCAGAAGAAACCCAAGUUUUAACUCUUUUAUGCAAAUGAAGUCCAUAAAAUAUAGCACUAUCAAAUUGUUUUAAGCACUCUCACACUGCCGUAAGAAGUUUCAAUAGUAUGAAGUCUGUGACAAACCCAGAGAAGCUGGAAAGCAUGAGACUGCAGCAUAGUACGUGGCUGUCAGAGGCUGUAUUUUGGUGUUUGUACCAUACUUAUUUUUCCCUUAGGUCAUCUCCAUUUUAAAAUGUGGCUGGUCUCCAUUCAGUCCAUGAAGGCCUCUGAUGAGGGUGUGAACCACUUCAACCAAAAUGGUUACCAUAGCUACAAAACGGGUGUUUGGCACUUGGCAAAAUCAGGGCUCAGAACAGAAUGUUUCCACUUAGAAGUAUUAAGUACUCAGUUAUCUGAGGACUGCAAAAUUUUCCACGUUGUCUGGGAAUUCUUGAUCUCUCUGUUGAUGUGGGAAGUGAUUACAUUUAAAAAAAAAAUAAGGUUGUGUUCCAUAGUUUAUUCAGUGAGUUUCACUUGGCAGUGCUGUUUCAACCCCAUGGGACGGAUGACAUUAAUACUUCUGAUUUCCUGGAACAUCACUGCAAGUCAGUGCACAGUUAUGCAUGGUGUAAAACAGUAAUUAACUGAAGGAAACAAAAACUUGCAAAGAGCAAAACCACUCUCAGAUCACACUGUUAAAAUAUAUGAGCAUCAGUUACUUAAAGAUCUCUUCCAAUCUAAAUGCUUCUAUAUAUGGUAAUAAAGUUUCAAAAGACUAAGGUGCAAGUCAGUCAACUGACCUGUAGUGUGGAUAACAGCAGGGAUCUCUUAAAAAGCUUAGCAGUUAGAACCAAGUAAAUUCUAGGGUAACAUUUUUAUGGCAAAAGUGUUAGUGUCUUCAGUUUUCUGAUUAUAUUUGUGUUAAUAGAAAAAAAAUGGUAUAGCAAGGUAGACUGGUUACCAGUUUUAACUUGGUGAUCUUUUGCUUUCUGUUCAUUGUUACAGUUACCAUUAAUGUUGUUUUUAUAAUUUAGUGAACUAUUUUUUUUUUAGCUAUAUGGACUUAUUUAUUUGACAGUUUUCUCUAUCCUGAACCUACACAUGGACUAAUUUGUGAAAAAUAGUGUUGCUAUUUAUAUUAUUGCUACAUAGUGGUUUCAGAUAUGUUAAUCUGAUUGGUUCAGCUCCUGUGAGCACUGAAAUAGUGUCUAGGUGAAAUCUUGAGUGAAAUUGCCUAGUGUCUCUACUUCACAGCAAAAAAUGAGGCUAUUUAAUUUUAAAUUUCUCAUCUCUUUUUGUAGGUUUGGAAGUGUACUUUUAUACUAGUGCAAAAGUGAAAGCAAGGAUCUUUUCAGGAAUGGGCUGGCAGUUUCCUGUACCUCUAACAGUAUUGGCUUUUGUGACUAGGGCCUCAGCUCGUUCCUUUGGUGUGUAGUUCCUUGGGUUUGGCCCCGCAGUGAAAUCUACAGUUUAUGGCAUCUGUCUUGUAUCAGAAUUCAACAAUAGGAUUUCAGAUGAUAAACUAGAAGUAUUAGGGAGGGAGGAAACACCUACGUUGCAUGUUAUUAAUUCCUUAGAUGGAAAUGUUGUACCUACAAAAAAAAUUACCAAGUAACACAUUUUUUCUAAAUUUGGUAGAAAUAACAAGGAGUUUAAUAGAGCAAUUAGAGAGGAGCAAGAGAUUUUUUGGGUCACUUUGAACUAUUAAGCUGGUCAUGUGGCUGGAGUGCCUCCACCGUCCCUCCCGUUAAAUAGCGAUACUGUAUUGCAGAGUUGAGAUCAGUAAUUUAUAUUUGCAAAGCACUUCAGGAGCUUUUAAGCUCUUCAAGUGUUAGUUGAAAGGCCCUCAGGAAGGUCGUCCCAUUUUACUUGUAGUACUUUGAUUACCAUGUGGUAAUCUUGCGCUGUAAUAUUUUUAUUACAGAACCUGUAAUAUUUAUGUUGACUUUAAAGCACUUGAUUUUAAAAAAACAACAACUGAGUUUAUCUGCCUCAGUCAAAUUAAAGUAGGGAGGUAGAUGAUGGAUGUAUGAGCCAAAGAUGCGGACUACCAGUUGACUAUCUACAGUGAUACAGUAUUUUGCUUUGAUUUCUUAAAAUUUGGCCUGUUGUAGUAAUAGCAAUUAACAUAUUUGCAUCAGUUUCUGGAUGCCUCUAAAUGGAAUAAGCUUUGUCUAAGAUAUGCAUGACUGUUUAAUUGGUUAAAAUGUAGUGUGUGUGGUCUCAUUCAGCAUAUUUAAUACAGAGUUGAUUAAUGAAUGUUAACAUUGGAAUUGCUUAGAUUCAGUCAUGACAACUUUUUGCUGUAGCUAUUAGACAAUCUCAAGGGCUGAAAAACAACGCUAAUGAAUGGGGACUCUACCGUUCUGGCUGUCAGCAAAUUUGUACCGCAACUUUUUGUAUAGUUUCAGAUUGAAUUUAUACAGUCCUUCAGAAAAUAUUUACAGUAACUACUGUAUUCAAGAAUGUAUUUUGAAAAAGACUUGGAAAGUAACUGUCUUCAGACAAGCUAUAGAUGAUGCUAUGUGUUUACUAUAUAGAAAUAACACAGCUCACUUGUGUAAAUGUGAUUUAGGUUGCUAGCCUCCACUGUGCAGCUUCGUAGUGUGAUGGUUGUGUGAAAUUGUGGAGAUUGCUGUAACCACCCACUCGGGCUCCAGCAAUUGAAACUGCUGGUGACCCUGAGGUCAUUACAGGAGCUGAAAUGUCUUCCUUUUAACUUCAAAAGGUUUCCUUCCUUCCUUUGCCCUCACUGCCCGCCUCUUGUGUCAGACGGUUUUUUGGAUGUUUUUCUUUCAGGGUAAGAGCACAAGGAAAAGAACCCUUACUCUGCAACCUGCUGCCCUAGCAUGGGCAGCAACAGCACACUGCAUGGGCAUAAUUUGCUCCAGUUUCCCUUGUCCUCAUCAAUGAUGUUACACAGGUGGAGUUGGAGGUAUAAUUGGGCUCUUUUCAUUGAUGUGACUAGUUCUGUCAUGAGCAGGGAAAAGAUCUUCUGAAUAAUCUGCAUUCUUAGACUGCAAACAAAUCAAUGGUGGUUAUCUAAAGGAAUGUUUUAUUCUGGUAGCUCAUUAGCAAUAUUAAUUCCACAGCUGCAUACCUUUGUGCCUUUUUUGCCUGACCUAAGUGUAUAUUCCCCUGUAAGUUGUUAGGAUGCUGAUGACUGCACCUUGUUUUCUUCUUACCUGCUGAUAUUUUGUUAAUAAGCUUUUGUAGUAAGGACUCUUGCAUGUCAUCUAGAAACAGAAUUACUUAAACUAGGUACUAGGUGCACACUUGGAAUGUUAGGCUGGUCAUAGUAUGCAGCUUUUUUCCAUAUGAAGCGUGAGCUGGAAUCUCAUCACAAUGUGUAUAUUAAUUACAGUAUAUCAUUAGUUCAGUGGGGAGGAGUGUCUGGAGCUAUCUUUUAAAAGCACAGCUGACAUAUGUACUGGAUCAGUCCCUGAAGACUGGUAGUUUUGUAAAUUGGGUUCAAUUUUUGAACCGCUCAGAAUACCUCAUAUGUAAAUAGAGUUGUCAUGACUUAAUCACAAUGUGUUUGUUCAUUGUAAAAAGUAAAAGAGCCACUGGCUGGCUCAGCUUUAGGCUUGUUGUUCUUGCCUCUUUUUGUAAUUUUUUUUAAAGUAGGGUUUACAGCUAGAAUUUUGAAUGCCAAAGUUCUAUUUAUUAAAUAAUAAUAAAAGUUUUCAUUGUUAAUGACUGGUAUUUUUCCACUGGAAUUUCUUUGUUGAUGUUUGGGAUUUGUAUCCACAGAGCAAAAAUAAAUUUUGUUACAAAAGUGA